AUGUCUUCCAUCCUUCGCAAGCUCGCCCAGACCGUGGACUACAUCAACGAGUCCCAUGCACCCGUCGACACCGACGGCGGGCGCACACAGAGCGGCGUCUACGAAAAGAAGGUCGCUGCCCUCUACCAGGCCUUCACUAAUCCACCCGUCACUGUGGAUGAUUUGGUGUGUACACAUUCCUGCACGACGCCCACGAACCCCACUAACAGUGUCGUCCGACCGCAGCCCGCCUAUGUCGAUGCUUUCCUCAACUCGGGUGGUGUGGGCAUUGACGAUCGAGAGCUUCUGCUCGAGAAGCUGUUGACGCUUAUGGCCAGUACGAAGGAUACAUCGUUCUCCCAUAAGGUGCAAGAGGCCGUCAUCAGCCUACUGUACAAGGAUCUACCUCACCCUCCUAGCGGCUACCUUCGUGUACCACCCACUACCGCCCCUGCUCCUCCCCUCGACGUGAAGUAUGCCUACCGGACAUCUGACGGGUCGCAUUACAACCCUUUGGCCCCGGCAAUGGGCAUGGCAGGGACUCCCUACGCACGUUCGGUGCCCUCUCGGCACACCCUGCCCAAGGAAUCACUCCCGGACCCUGACCUCAUUUUUGACACGCUCCUCAAGCGCGAGAAGUUCGUCCCCCAUCCGGGAGGCAUGUCCGCACUCUUCUUCGCCUUUGCCGACCUCGUCAUUCACAGCAUCUUCAAAACCAACCCUCAUGACUGGUCAAUCAAUGAUGCUAGUAGUUACCUCGACCUCAGCGUGCUCUAUGGGCACAGCGACCGGGACGUCAAUGCUAUCAGGCGAAAGGACGGCACGGGUCGUCUGUGGAAUGAUGUAUUCGCGGAUUACAGGAUCACCCAUAUGCCUCCUGCGAGCUGCGCCUUGUUGGUGCUGUUAAGCAGGAAUCAUAACUACGUCGCCGAGAAGAUCCUGGAUAUCAACGAAAGUGGGAAGUACACCCGAACAUUUGCCAACAAUGCCGCUCGCGACGCACAGGACGACGAGAUCUUCCACCGAGCCCGUCUUGUCAACUGUGGAUACUUCAUGCACAUCAUUCUCGGAGGUACAUUGCCAUCCACCCUAGUCCUACACUACGUUGGCGCUAUUCUGGGACUUGUGCGGGAUGGCAGUGACUGGCGCUUAGAUCCCAUGAUGACUAUGCGCAGCCGGAACCACGAUUUCGUACCCGUCGGAGAGGGCAACGUCGUCUCGACCGAGUUCAACCUUCUCUAUCGCUGGCAUGCAACCUUGUCAGACGAGGACACCAAAUGGACGGAAUCCCUCUUCCAGAAGAUGUUCAGCGGCAAGGACCCCAAGGACAUCAAGAUUGACGACUUCAAAGAGGCGGCCCACAAGCACUUGGUGCUCAACAUUGAGAACGUCCGCGAAUGGACGUUCGAUGGGCUUAAGCGUGGUGCAGAUGGUCGAUUCAGCGAUGAUGACCUCGCUCGCAUCAUCCAGAACUCGACUGAAUACCGCGCUGGUGCUUUCAAGGCCCGUGGUAUUCCAGAAGCCUUGCGCUUCAUCGAAGUCAUGGGCAUCAGGCAGGCUCGCACUUGGGGAGUGUGCUCCCUAAAUGAGUUCAGAAGGUUCAUGGGUCUUAAACCGUACGCCGACUUCAAGCAGUGGAAUCCCGACCCCAAGAUCUACAAUGCUGCCCAAGCGCUCUAUCGUGAUAUCGAGAACCUCGAAUUGCACGUCGGCCUCCAGGCUGAAGAGACCAAAGAACCCGGAGAAGGUGCAGGUCUCUGCCCUGGCUACACCAUCUCCCGUGCCAUUCUCGCCGAUGCCGUCUGCCUCACCCGUGGAGAUCGCUUCUUCACCGUCGAUUACACGCCCCAGAACCUCACUUCAUGGGGCUUCCAGGACUGCGCUUACGACAAGCAAGAUGGUUCCUUCGGCGGCCUCCUCACCAAACUCCUCCUCCGCACUCUCCCGAAUCACUACUCGCGAGGAAAUGCCUACGCUCACUUCCCCUUCAUGGUUCCUACUUUCUUGGAGGAACAUUGGAAGGUGCAUAAACCCGAGUUGGUUGGAAAAUAUACUUGGACCAGGCCUAGGCAGCAGCCCACGAUUGUGCCUGUUGGAGACUACGAGAUCGUCACCAAAGUUUUCGCUGACAACUCGGCCUUCCUCUCCGCGUACGAAACGCGUACCCUCAAUGCCGUCAAAGCUACCCUCGAGAAAUCUGUGCGCCGUACCCUAACACUCAGGGGAAAGCGUGUCUCCCAAGCCCCUGGAGGCUCGACUACCGAUAAACGGCUCACACAAGGCCGAGACGAGAUCAACACCCAGAUCCUCGCCCUCCCUCUCUCCACCUACUUCUCGUCCAAAACGAAGGAGCUCAUCAAAGCCAAAGGAUUCACCAGCGCGGAUGGGUCCACUGCCUACGUAGACAUUGUGCGUGAUGUCAUCAACCUCCUCCCAGUGCAUUUCGUCUCGCAGCGGAUUGCUGGCUUGCCGUUGAAGUCGGAUUCGACGCCGAAGGGAGUGUGGUAUGAGCAAGAUAUGUAUGAUUGGUUCACGGAUAUCGCGGAGUAUGUGUACUUGAACUUCCAACCGGAGCAUGACUGGCGAUUGAGGGAGUCGACGCAACUGCACGGGGAGGAGAUUAUUGGAUACAUCAAGUCCCACAUUGACAGUAUCAAGAACAAGUUCUCUCUUCCCGAUGUGCGCAACCACAUUGCAAUUGGUCACAAUGGCCACGACUUCUUGACCAGGAUCGUCGACAGCCUGCGCAACACCGACACAUCCAACCGUGAAACGGCAGCACGCAUCUUCGCAGCCGUCGUCCCCACCGCCGCCAUCUACGCCUCCGCACUCUCGCAGAUCGUCUCAUUCUUCCUCCAGCCUUCCAACGCCUCAGCUGCCGAAGCUCUCGUCUCCCUCCCCAAGUCCAAAGACACUGCUACCGCCACGACAGAAGUGUUGGGUUACAUCCGGGAAGCUCUCCGUCUGAACCCUGCCAUUCCAGGGUUCUACAGGACCGCCGCACGCGAUGUCGUGCUCGGGCCCAAGACGAUCCAAGCCUACGAGGUCGUCUAUGGAAGUCUGUACUCCGCCAACCGCGAUCCCCAGGUCUUCGGACCUAACCCUGAGGUCCCCGUUUUCAAUCGCCAAGGGAAAGGAGCGGUCUUGGGUCUCCCCAACACGGGUCUGACGACGGAGGAGUUCUUGGCUGCUACUGUCCCAGCCGUGCUUUCUGAGAUCAUGUCGCUGAAGGGGGUGAAGAAGGCCGCUAACAAGAGUGGAAGGUUCAAUGAAUUCCAGGAGAACUGGCAUGGGUACCCCAGGAAGCAGUAUAUCAACGCGAAGGGAGCUGUUUCGUCAUUCCCGGAUUCGCUGAUUCUGCAGUACCAGGUUGCGUGA